AGCUGGGCGGCGCUGCCUCUGCGUCCAUUUGGGUCCUGGAUUCUCCAUGCAACAUGUGGCACCCGUGGGAACGACGGCGAAGGAGGAGAUGGCCCGGUUCUGGGACAAGAACACCCGCUCGAACCGCCCUCUGUCCCCGCACAUCUCCAUCUAUAGUUGGUCUCUGCCGAUGAUGAUGUCCAUCACCCACCGUGGCACUGGGGUCGCCAUGAGUUUAGGUGUGUCUCUCUUUGGCUUGAGCGCCCUGGUUCUCCCAGGCCAUUUCCCCGACUAUCUGGAGUUCAUCAAGUCCCUUAACGUGCCAGCUGCUCUCAUCUACUCGGGGAAGUUUGCCUUGGCUUUUCCCUUGACCUACCACACCUGGAACGGGAUCCGGCACCUGGCUUGGGACCUGGGCAAAGGAUUCAAGAUCCCCCAGGUCUACCAGUCCGGCGUCUUGGUCCUGGUGCUGACGGUUUUGUCUUCCAUGGGGAUUGCGGCGAUGUGAAGUCCGGG